GUCAUGUAGCGCCGCACACGUUCCCGCGGCUCAGCUCAGGCUCCCAGUUUACCGUCUGGAGCUUGAGACGAGCGGCACGGGGUUGCGCGCUCCGUCAAGCAGAGGACUGGAGGGGUAGCGGGAGGAAUAGGAAGGACUCGAUGGAUUUUGACACGUUACAACACUAAUCUGCGUCAGUUUCAUUCUGCUGUUUCUGAAGGUACAAGAGAAAAAUAUCAAGUAAAAGGAUGACUAAUUACUGUUAUUUCCAAGUGCCAGCUUUCGGUGUAAUAGCAAGCCGCUGAUAGAGGGCAGCAGAGCUUCUGAUUUGCUGGAUUGCCUGGGAUGCUCUUGGUACUUAAAAGCAGUUUCUGUGCACGGCUAUCCGGAUAGGAUUUACAUGGCUUUGCAGCUAAUAUGGUGGACACUCAGUAAAGCUUGACAGAAAAUGCAACUGAAGUCAUGGGUCUUCAGAUGGCUGGGAAUAGGGAUAGGAAUUGCUUCUUUUAUUGUCAGCAACUUGUCUCAAAAUAACACCGAAGAUUGGCAGUAUGAGGAAUGCAAACUGGCACGGUCAGGCCCCCCUGCUACAAUUGUUGCAAUUGAUGAAGAAAGUCCAAAUGGUACUCUUCUAGUAGACAAUAUGCAAAUACAGGGUCGAGCAGAUGGACCAGACAAGACAAUUUCACUUUCAUUAAGAAACAACGCGGAUUACUGGGUUAUCCUGGAUCCUGCACGACAGCGCCUUUAUCUCAACAGCACUGGCCGUGUACUAGACAGAGAUCCCCCUUCAUCUAUCCAGUCUAUUGUGGUCCAAGUUCAAUGUACAAAUGAACUAGUAGGAAGCAUCAUCUUCCAUGAAGUGCGAAUUGUGGUGCGGGAUCGCAAUGAUAAUACUCCACGUUUUCAGCAACAACGCUACUAUGUAGCAGUCAAUGAGCUGACACCUGUUGGAACCACCAUUUUCACUGGUUUUUCAGGAAAUAACGGUGCUUUAGAUAUAGAUGAUGGCCCAAAUGGACAAGUUGAAUACACUAUUCAGUACAAUCCCAAUGAUCCUACAUCAAACAGAACAUUUGAGAUUCCACUUACUUUGUCGGGAGCUGUAACUUUACGAGAGAGGUUGAAUUAUGAGGAAACUACACGUUACUUUGUAAUUGUUCAAGCCAGUGACCGUCCUCCAAACGCAAGGAACAAAACAUCAAGCACUACUACACUGACAGUUGAUGUGUUAGAUGGAGAUGAUUUGGGGCCCAUGUUCCUACCAUGCAGGCUGGUGAAUAACACAAGAGAUUGCCGUCCUCUGGAAUAUAAAGCCAGCAUUCCAGAACUCACUGACCCGGCCAGAAUAAAUCCAGUUAACGUCACUCCAGCAAUUCAAGCAGUUGAUCAAGACAGAAACAUCCAGCCUCCCUCUGAUCGACCAGGCAUUCUUUACUCCAUCCUUGUCGGUACCCCUGAGAAUUAUGGAGAAUAUUUUAUUUUAAAUAGGACAAAUGCAGAGCUACGUCUUCUCAAGCCAGUCAGCAGGGAUUUGUACCAGAAAUUUGAUUUGGUUAUUAAGGCUGAGCAAGAUAAUGGACAUCCUCUUCCAGCAUUUGCUAAUUUACACGUUGAAGUUCUUGAUGAAAAUAAUCAAGCGCCUUACUUUCAGUUGUCAUCUUAUCAAGGAUAUGUCACUGAGUCAGCACCUGUGGGAGCUACAAUCUCAAGUAGUGAAAAUCUUACUGCUCCUCUCAGGAUAAUAGCUUUGGAUAAUGACAUAGAAGAGACAAAAGACCCAAUGGUGAGAAUUUCCUUGAAUGACUACAGCACAAUAUUUACUGUGACUCAGUCUGGAAUAAUCCGCUUCAUUACUUUACUUCAGCCUGUGGAUCGGGAACGCCAACAAACCUACACCUUUACAAUGAUAGCCUCUGAUGGAGUCCAGGAAAGUACUCCAGUCACAGUUAAUAUCCUGGUGAUCGAUGCCAAUGAUAAUACUCCAACCUUCUCCAACAUCUCCUACAGUGUAAAUGUUUACACAGACAUGAAGCCGGGAGAAUCUGUCUUACGGUUGUCUGCUUUUGAUGCUGAUGAAGGUUUAAACGGACAGAUAACAUAUGAGAUUCUGGCUGGAGCACAAGGUGACUUCAUCAUAAACAACCGAACUGGUCUGAUUACUGUAGCCCCUGGUGUUACUCUGAUUGUUGGCCGCUCUUAUGCCCUUACUGUCAAAGCAUCAGACAAUGCACCCUUGUCUCAAAGAAGGAGUUCCAUAACAACAGUAUACAUAGAGGUGUUGCCACCUAACAAUCAGAGCCCACCAAGAUUCCCACAAUUCAUGUAUAGCCUUGAAGUCAGUGAAGCCAUGAGGAUUGGUGCCAUUUUGCUCAAUUUACAGGCUACAGACCGUGAAGGUGAUCAAAUAACCUACCGUAUCCAGAAUGGAGAUCCUCAACAAGUCUUUAACCUAACACAGAGCUCAGGAAUUCUACUUCUGCGACAGUCACUGGACAGAGAAAGCACAGACAGAUAUAUUCUAAUUGUAACAGCCGCAGAUGGUAGGCCAGAUGGGACCUCCACAGCUACUGUGAACAUAGUAGUCACUGAUGUAAAUGAUAAUGACCCCAUCUUUGAUGUGCUUCUUCCAAAAAACUUCACAGUUCAAGAAGAGGAGGCAAAUGCAUUUGUGGGUCAAGUAAAGGCAACCGACCCAGAUGCUGGACUGAAUGGACAAGUCCGAUACAGUUUGCUGAACCAUAAUGGACUUUUCAGAAUAAACUCAAAUGGAAGUAUUUAUACUUCAGUACCUCUAGACCGAGAAACAAGAAGUCAGUAUGACCUAAUUGUGGAGGCAUCAGAUGGAGCAGUGGAUCCAAGACGUACAACUAUUACAUUAUCCAUCAAAGUUCUCGAUAUUGAUGACAAUAGCCCUGUAUUCUCACAGACAUCAUAUACAGUUAAUUUACCAGAAAACAGUCCUGUUGGAACAGUAAUAUUACGUUUAGAGGCAAAAGAUGUUGACCUUGACUCCAAUGUCACAUACCGCAUUAGGACACAAGAUGCAAAGCAGUUGUUUGCUGUGAAUCCUCUGACGGGAGAUCUGUCAGUUAUAAAGCCAUUAGAUUUUGAAACUGUUUCUGCAACUGGGGCAACCUACACCAUUAUAGUGGAAGCUUUGAACAGUGGAAGUGGCAUGCCUCCAGGAAUUGCAACGGUUACAGUCAAAAUUAUGGAUAUGAAUGAUUAUGCUCCAGUAUUUGCAAAACCUCUAUAUAGAGGACUGGUGGCUCCAAAUGCAGUAAAGGGCACCAUUAUUACAACAGUGACAGCAGAAGAUUUAGAUCCUCCAGGUACAGCAGCAAGCAAGAUCAGAUACAAAGUGGACUUGAAUCAAUUUCCCUAUAGUGGCAGUAUUUUUGAUGUGGAACCUGACACGGGAAGAGUGAUAACUCGAGUUAAUUUGAAUGAGGAACCGAGCACAACAUUCAAACUCGUCAUUAUUGCCUAUGAUGAUGGUGAACCUGUAAAAUUCAAUACCACCAUUGUUGAAAUAACUGUUCUACAGCCAUCAGUAAUUCCAAUCUUCACACAGGAGGAAUACAGACCCCCACCUGUGAGUGAAAAUGCUCCCAUUGGCACCACAGUUGGAUCUAUACUUGCAGCUGCUAUCAAUCAAACUAUUGUGUAUUCCAUUGUGGAUGGAAAUGAAGGAGAUGAAUUUAGCAUUGACAAUAAGACAGGAGACAUUUACACUAAAAAACUUUUGGACUAUGAAACAAUCACAAGCUAUGUACUUCGGGUUCAAGCAGAUUCGAUACAAGUAGUCCGGUCAAACUUACGAGUGCCAUCAAAAACAAAUACAGCAAAAGUAUUUAUUGAAGUUCAAGAUGAAAAUGAUCACCGUCCGGUGUUUACUAAAAACCUGUAUUUGGGUGGAGUAGCUGAGGAUGCCAGGACAUUUACUAGUGUAAUGCAAGUAAAGGCGACAGAUAAAGACACGGGAAACUAUAGUGCAAUGCAGUACAGAUUAAUCAUUCCUUCUUCAAAUGAGGACGGCUUUGUGAUCGAGGCAUACACAGGAAUUAUUAAAACUGCAAUUAUGUUCAGAAACAUGAGGAGAUCCUACUAUAAGUUUAAUGUAAUCGCUACUGACAAUUAUGGAGCAGGGCUGAGUGGCACUGCACAAGUCGUUGUCUCUGUGGUCAACCAGUUGGAUAUGCAAGUGGUUGUUUCAAAUGUCCCUCCCACUCUUGUUGAACAGAACAAAGAUCAACUUAUUGGAAUUUUGGAGCGGUAUGUUCAAGAUCAAAUACCAGGAGCAAAGGUUGUGGUGGAAUCUAUUGGACCUCGUCGAUUUGGGGAUGGAUUUGCUGAGGAGGAUUACUCAAAAUCAGACCUCAUGGUCUAUGCCAUAGACCCAUUAACAAACAGAGCCAUAUCACGGAAUGAAUUAUUUAAAUUUCUCGACGGAAAACUUCUUGAUAUUAAUAAGGAGUUUCAGCCUUAUCUAGGCCAGGGUGGGCGCAUUUUAGAAAUUCGAACUCCUGAUGUGGUGGCCAGUGUGAAGAAAGCGGCUCAAGCAGUCGGAUACACAGAAGGUGCCUUACUUGCUCUGGCAGUGAUCAUCAUUCUGUGCUGCAUUCCUGCAAUUCUAAUAGUUAUGGUCACCUACCGUCAGUUUAAAGAACGACAAGCGGAGUGUGCAAAGACUGCAAGAAUACAGAUGGCACUCCCAGCAGGAAAAUCAGCUGUCACUGCUUCUAAUAAUUUGUACGAAGAGCUUGGGGACAGUACAAUGCGAAGAUUUGGACGACAAGAGCAACAGCAAUUGCUGAGGCCAGCCCUUCUAAGACCAGAGGAGCUCUCAAUGGAAUCAGGCAUAGAUCCAGGCCAGGACUAUUAUACCCAGGAUUAUUAUAAUUAUGAUCAUGGAUACGAUUUACCGCAGUAUGGAAGUCGUAGGAGGCUAAUAUCACCUUCAGGAAUGUAUGACGAAUAUGGAGAAGUUAUAAUGGAGGACGAUGGGAGCUACUAUUAUAGCCCACAUGGCUCUUCUGCUGAUGGAGAGCUACCUGUACCGAGACAAGGCCCACCAAAGAGGCCUCACCCAGCAGGUUUAAAGGGUCGGAUACAAGCGGUGGCAGCUGGUGGCCCACCCAUUACUGGGCCUGGGGCACAAAAGAUGGCAGAUGGCAGUGGGGAUGCAGCUGGUGCAAGGGCUGCAAAUGUUGGAAAGAAACUUAAAUCAGUGAUGAAAAUCACUAAAUUUGUGGCAGGCAGAAAAUUAUCAACAGGAACAACAGAUCAGGGUAUUGAUGCUGCACCGCCCCAUCCUUCACCUUGGAGAAAAGCAAAGAUAUUUCCAAUGAUUCUUCAAAAGGUUAAGGGAGGUGGUAAGGACUAUGCAAAACUUGUAUCUGCUCGGCGUGUAAGCAGCCAGGAAAGCAUAGCAAGUGGCUCAUCUGGGAGCAUGGUUAUCAAUGGAAGUUAUUUUCAAAAAUCAUCUGAGGAGAAAUCAUCUGCAAAAAGAAAAUUGGGAAAGGUCCUUAAACGAAUCAAUAUUUCCAAGAAACUGCAAUCCCGGCGCAAGUCUGAAGGGUCAGUUAGCAGAAGUUCAGCAAAUGUAACUGAAACUGAAGACUCCAAAGUAGCUAGUGAUUCUGAAAAGGAAGAGAGAGCAUCUAGAGUUUCAAUCAGUGUUACAGCUGAAAGUGAGCCAGAGAGCAGUGCAUCUGAGGCUGAAAGUGAGUUACCCAAGGAUGAUGAGGAUGCAUCUUCAGCUAGAACAAGUGUGGCAUUGUCCCAGACAGAUGAUAAGGAUUAUCUUAAAGUAACAUUAGAUCAGGAUGAGACAAAUGAAAGUACAGUAGAUUCUGAUGAAGAACAAGAAGAAAAUCCAGAAGAUUCAGAAGAAGAGAGUAAAUCUAAGUCAGAGACUGGCAGUGGUCAAGGAGAAUCAGAAGCUGAAGAAGACAGUGAGAAAGAUGAAGAAGACAGCAGAAGUGCAGUGUCAGAAGACUCUAGAGUCACUGAUGACCAGGAGUCCAUAUCUCAAAAGUCCUCAAAAUAUAGUUCAGAGAAAUCUGUAAGUGGUUCAAGUAGAAGGUCUUCAGGAAAAUCCAGUGCUACUGUAGUUUCUCAAAAUACUCCUGUAAGCAGUAAAAAAUCAGGAACAGCGGCUGGAAGUUCACUUCAUAGUCGAUACAGCAGCAGUGCAGCAACUUCAGAAAUGAGUGCUUCUGAAGCAAGUGAGUCUGAAGAUAGUAAAUCAAUUAGUGGUAGUGUAAGCAGCAGGGUGACAUCAGCUCAUAGUUCAACAAAGAGUGACUCAGUAUCUGAGCGUGGUUCUAUAACAUCAAGAACUGCAGGAAGCAGCUAUAAAUCCAGGAUUUCUACCCUAACAGGAAGAUCAGAAAGUGUUAUUGAAGAGGAAACAGAGGAAGAUGAUAGUGAGGCAACUGCUUCAGGAGAUGAAGAUGAGGAAAGUAAUGAUGAAAGCAAACAGGAUAACGAUGAAGUAGGUAAAGAAACAGAAUCCAUGACAUCCAUUGUCAGCAAAGCCACUGUUUCAACAGAAAGAAGCAAGAGCAGCCAAAUGACUAAAAAGUCUGGUACUAUGAGUAGUCUAGGGCAAAAUACAGCUGAGAGUGAAAGCCAGUCAGAGGCAAGUGAUAGUGAUAAAGAUGGAACACUUUCUCGAACAACAAACAUUUCUAAGUCCACUACUGUAAGAUCAAAAACUUCAAGCAGAACGGUUAGCUCUUCCAUAAGUGACAACGUCAGUUCAGGAAAAUCAGUGGCUAGUGGUCAGUCUUCCAGUACAACACAGCACACCAAAUAUUCUGCUUCUAAGAGCAGUGGAAGCACCAAAAGUUCAAAGUCAGUCACUUCAGCAGCAUCAGAGGGUAGUAGCAAAGACACUACAAGCAGAACAACUCAUGACACAGAAGAAGAUGAGGCCUCAAAUGGUGAAAUCUCAGAGUCAGAGGCUGGUGGUGAUUCCACAUCAUUUUAAUGUUGGCCUGCAGCUGGUUAGAAAGAAAAAAAUCAAGCUUGUUAUUGACCGUGAGUAUGAAACAAGCUCAACUGGUGAGGAGAGUGCACCAGAGUC